UGCCUGUUGCAUAUGAAUUAGGAGAGGCGGGAAUUUAACUGUCUUAAUCUUGGUAGCCAUGUGCUUGACAUCUGGAAUAUUCUAUUCUGGCCUUCGAAGCGAAAUUGCAUGAUUUUUUUCGCUUGGAAGAGGCUUAUGCCUUUUUCAAGAAAUUGUGGGAAACAGCAAUUAUCUUAAAUGCUUUUGAAAUUGAAAGUUGCUUGGGUUCUGUUGGAGUUUUACAGGGCUUGCUCGAUUCAAUGCCGGGAAUUUUAUAGACUUGCAUUUAGGGCCAGAGUUCCCCCUGUAGGCUCUGACGUUAAUGAAUGAUGUAAAUUUUUCGGGCCCUGUUUCUCAAGAAGAUGUUUUCUGUUUCUAAAAUUGGAAAAUUUGAUAUGGUAUAGAGAACAUGUUGGGCAACAUGUUUUCAGAAACCAUUUGUGGAAAUGUUUCUUAGAAGUGUCUUUUUUUAGAGAGCAUUCAAAAUACUGAUUUCUGCAUCUGGAAAAAAAAUGCAAGCAUUUCACAAUAAAAAAUGAAAAUGUUCAUUGGUUUUAUUUUCAGCUAUGAAAACAUUUGUGAAGUUUGCAUUUUUCCUACCAAACUGCCCGUUCCUUUCAUUUUGCAUACUCCUUAGGUGUGCCAGGAUGAAUAAAGUGUUCUCUGUUUUUUUUUUUUUGUUGUUAGAAAAACCAUUGGGAACAAUCUCCAUUAGCAGUCAGACUACAACUUAGUGACCUUCAUGAACAAUGAAUCUAUGAAGGAUUAUAGUAAUUUGGGAGACUAUGGGUUAAUCAUGGAUCAAAGUUGAAAUAUGCUUAUCACUAAAGGAGGGACAAGUGGUUUUGAUUUGUUUCAUGAACUAAAAUCUGAAAACAACGAGUACAAAAAAUAUGAGAGAGAGAAGUAUUUAUAAUCAUAGGAGUCAACGUAAAACCCCAUGUUUUUGGAAGUUUGUAAAAUUACCCCCUUUAUCAUUUUAUCAUAUAAAAAAAUGGAAGAGGGAUGGUUGCGGUCUUGGGAUGUAUGUUUCUUUGGAAGGGUUGAGGAAGAAACCUGGUGGGGGAUGUUGUGAAAACCGAGCUUAGCCACUCUUUGGGUGAUUUGGCACAAGACGAAUGUGGGAAUCUUUGAAUAUAGAAGGGUCCCAUUGAUGAUUUGUGGAGUAGUACUUGGUACUAACUUCUCAAAGGAUGCUUGUCAUUGAUGGGAUCACUGGCACUCCUGUCAGCAUUACAUUGUUAGAGUUGAGGUUAAUUUGCUCAUUUCAUCAAAGGGGCCAAGUAGGCUCCCCCAUCUAUAGUGUUCCCUUCUCUUUGAAUGACACAGGUCUGCAUUGAGAAAGAUAGAAAGAUGAACAAGGACAAAAUAUUUAAGCUAGCAAAAGGAUUCAGGGGGAGGGCGAAGAACUGCAUAAGGAUAGCGAGAGAGAGGGUGGAGAAGGCAUUGCAGUAUUCUUACAGAGAUCGAAGAACCAAAAAAAGGGACAUGCGCUCUCUUUGGAUCGAAAGAAUUAAUGCUGGCUCCCGCCUGCAUGGAGUUAAUUACAAUAACUUUAUACAUGGGUUGAUGAAGGAGAACAUCCAGCUGAACAGGAAAGUUCUCUCAGAGCUGUCUAUGCAUGAACCUUACAGCUUCAAAGCCCUGGUGGAUAUCUCACAGAAUGCCUUCCCUGGAAAUAAGAAAGCGGUGCUUCCUCCCAGAAAGGAAGGCAUUUCAGUUGUUCUGUAAUUGGCCAUUUUGAUCACCUUCCCAUUCAUUUUCCCCUCCUGUUAUAGAGUAUGUCUGUAACAGAUGUUCCAAAACCUGUUAGGUUUUUAUAUUGUAUCAGUGCUCACUGAAUGCAAGAAAAAACAAAAAGAUGAUGUUAUUUCUUUUUUCCCCGAAUAUCAUAUUUGAUUGAAUAAUUAACAUUGCUCCAGGUUUUGGUGGUUUA